UCCCCUCAUGCUGUACUCAAAACCUCCAGCGGAGCCAUCGCUGUGUAUGCCGAGCUGACUGGGGGAGGUCGGAUCUGUACUGGUUGUAGUGGGCUGUGCAACGUGUAGAGCCCGUAGAGCCCGUAGAGCCGUGCUGAUUGCGAACCCUCUGCAUAACGACGGAUUUUUAAGAGGGGAAUUCACUCGCCCGGGGAACCCUUCCCUUCCUGCAAACACGUCCAUCCACCACGUUCUUCAUUUAUAAACGGAGUGUUUUUGUUGCCUCUGCUUCCCACACUACCACAGCUGGGAUUUGGUCAACAUCUCAGGCGGGGGUUGUGUGAUGAGGUCGCCCCGCAGCCGGGGUCUGGUUACGAUAAGAGAAGGCGUUUUUUGUUGCUAGGGCACUUUUGGCUAAAGCGUUUUUUGUUGCUAGGACACUCUUGGCUCCAUUUCCAAAGCCUCUUCGCACCCCGAGUGUGUGAAGAAAUACACAGCUGAAGGACAUAGCUACUACUGGGCUGAGAGACCCGCUGAAUAUCCAUGAGCUCCGAUUUCCCGCACUACAGUUUCAGGAUGCCAAAUAUAGGGUUUCAGAAUCUUCCCCUCAAUAUCUACAUUGUGGUGUUUGGGACGGCCAUCUUUGUCUUCAUCCUCAGCCUCCUCUUCUGCUGCUACCUAAUAAGGUUACGGCACCAGGCGCACAAAGAGCUUUAUGCAUACAAACAAGUCAUUCAGAAAGAAAAAGUCAAAGAGCUAAAUUUGCAUGAGAUUUGUGCGGUGUGCUUAGAGGAGUUCAAACAGAAAGACGAGCUGGGGAUUUGUCCAUGCAAACAUGCCUUUCAUAGAAAGUAAGUAUGAGGUUUUGACAUUUUAACAUUCAUGUAAACACACAAGUGCACAAACAUAAGUCAAGGACAUGUGGAAAGGUGUAGAUUUAGACAUGUUCAUACCAUUUUACCCACCCGUAGUCAUUUUAACCGUGACACAGUAAGUCGUUGUAAAUAGACAUAUUAAAG